GUGAUUUGAUUUAUGAUAGAAUGGAUAGUGAUGGAUGUAGAUUUUACGCCGUCUGUAGUCCGACCUGCAGAGUUGAACGACAUACUCUUCAUUGUAAUGUUACUACUCCUGUAACCACUACGUCCCCUGAAUGGUCUACCAUAACAACAUCAGUUCCUCUGCCUACCACUUCUCCAAGAGUUCCAUUUCAUGGUUGUGUUUCUCCUACUUACCCUCCCCUACAGCCUGGACAAAGAUACAAAUUAUCCAACUGUACAGAACUCAUCUGUAAGGGAGACAACAAGGUAGAAGUAAUUCCAACGCACUGCCCACCUGUAAAGGAAAUUACCUGUGCAAACAAAUAUCCGGCAAUACUGGUACCUGAUGAAAAUGGCUGCUGUUACCAAUACGAGUGUCAAUGUGUGUGCAGUGGAUGGGGUGAUCCUCAUUACAUUACUUUUGAUGGAACCUACUAUACUUUCCUUGAAAACUGCACUUACGUCCUGGUGAAACAGAUUGUACCUAAAUAUGACAACUUCCGCGUUUACAUUGACAACUAUUACUGCAAUGCAAAAGAUGGACUUUCCUGCCCUAAAUCCAUUAUUAUUUUCUACAAAUCUGCAGAAGUGGUGCUGACCCGUGAACUCAUGAAUGGUGUUAUGACCAAUGUGAUGUACUUCAACAAAAAGAUUGUCAAACCAGGCUUCAAAAAAGAUGGCAUUUCUUUCUCCACACUUGGCAUCAACAUGAUUGUUGAAAUACCAGAGAUUGGUGCAACCAUCACCUUUAGUGGGCUGAUUUUCUCCGUGAAACUCCCAUACAGCAAAUUUGGCAGCAACACUGAAGGACAGUGUGGAACAUGUACAAAUAAUAAAUUAGAUGAAUGCCGCUUACCAAGUGGUAAGAUCAUUUCUUCCUGUCCCCAAAUGGCUCAUCACUGGAUUGUUGGUAACAACGAGUCAUGCCAUGGAGUACCAAUACCACCAGUUGUAACCACACCUCCACCAAAGCCUCACUGUGAAACGCCUCCCCUCUGCAAGCUUAUCUGGAGCGAGAUUUUUGCAGAAUGCCAUGACGUGAUACCACCAGAACCAUUUUUCAAAGGCUGUGUUUUUGAUGGAUGUCGCAUAGCCGACGAAUCUAUGCAGUGUUCCAGUUUGGAGAUAUACGCUACAGAAUGUGCUGCUAGAGGUGUCUGCAUUGACUGGAGAGGAAAGACCAACAAUAUAUGCUCAUACAACUGUCCAGCAAACAUGGUAUACAAGCCAUGUGGGCCCAUUAACCCUGCUACCUGUGAUCCAAGCCCUGUUGAGCUUCCUGGUUAUGGAGUAACUGAAGGAUGUUUCUGCCCUGAAGGAAAGACACUCAUAAGUGAAGAUAGCAACAUCUGUGUCUCUGAAUGCUCUUGUAGGGAACCAAAUGGAGUAUCCAGAUGGCCAGGAGAAAAAUGGACAAAAGAUUGCCAGGAAUGUGUCUGUGACAAAAAUACUCUUAAAGUGCACUGUAUAAAACACAAAUGUUCUCUGAUACAGCAAGCAUUUUGUGAUGAACCAGGUUACAUGCCUGUUCAGCCUGGAGCUGUCAUUCCAUCAGGCCCCUGUGAAGAAUGCACCUGCUUGGAAUCCUCUUACUCAAGCCCCCACCACGCUACUGUCAAGUGCGAGGCUGUUAUCUGUGACACACGCUGCCCAGUGGUUGGAGAAUUCUGGAACCCACCUGGUGAUAAGUGUAUAACUUACACAUGUGAAAAACAUGAUGACCAGUUCAUUCAAGUCGUUUUCCAGAAAAGCUGUCCUCCGUUUAACCCUGAAGACUGUGAUCCA